AGAAAGGGGGGGAGGGGGGGGGGGAUCGUGUGUGCACUCGUAGAUCGAUACUGCACUGAUUGAGGGGUCCCUGUGUGCCUCCGAAUCCCCGAAAGGUGUCAUUUUAGAUUCCUCGCCAGUGCUAAUCAGCCGAUCUGGCGCCGGGCUUGCGCGAAAGAAUUCAUAUGAGCCGGGCUGAAUCAACCUCAUCUAAAUCGCCAGUGCUGCAGAGUGCAACAUUAGGGUUCGGGUAAUUUUGGAUGGUUGUGAGGUCUGUUGCAGCGAACUUUCGAGCUGAGCUUGGUUCGGUGUUGCGAGCUGGCGUCCACGGAUCACCAUCCUUGUGUAUCGGAACCAGUCCAAGCUAGUCUGCCUCGCUAGACAUUUACGGUGGACGAGUAGUGGGGAGUGAUCGUGCUGAUAGAGUCUUGUCCGCCAUUUGAAGUAGCUCAUACUAUCAUAUCAGCCUUCAGAUUUUACCGCUGCUAGUGGCGGAAUUCGGACUGGCCAUGGGUGACGCGCCCACAGGAAUCGAUGAGGCUUACAGGAUUGGUUUCUAGCUCGGUAGCAGUAUAGAUCUGGAUCCUCUCACAUUCAAUACAUGCAUGCUAGGGGGUAGGUUAUUUGUGAUUUUCGCACUGGCUAUGGUGCUGUGAGGAAAUCAGUAUUCGGCACUGGGUUGAUGACCUUCAAGCGAAGGUCCAGCACGACAAUGGUGUCUACGGCGAGGAGCACGCUGCUCGCCACUUGGGUCGUCUUCUCCCUCUUCUGGUCACUGGCAGACGCGACGGCUAUCGGAGCAGUCUACGGACGCAAUGGCAACAACAUCCCGGAUGCCACUACCGCCGCCGCGCUUAUGCAGCAGUACGAUAUAUCCAGGGUUCGAAUCUUCGAUCACGACCCCAGUAUUAUCCAAGCUUUCGCAAGCACUCAAAUUCGUGUGAUGAUUGCGGUGACUAACGAAGAGAUACCCGCCAUCGCGGCCUCUCAAGGCUCUGCGGAUGACUGGGUGAACAAGUACGUCGCCCCUUACAUCCGUCUAACCAAUAUCAACGCCAUCGCCGUGGGUAAUGAAGUCAUCACGAGCAGGCCCGAUCUUUCUUCGUCGCUCGUCCCGGCGAUGCAGAACAUCCACAAUUCCCUUGUCAGGCUUGGCUACGACGCUUCCAUCAAGGUAUCCUCGCCGCAUGGAAUCGGCCUGUUGGACGUCUCCUACCCCCCAUCCGCGGGCCAUUUCUUCGACUCGCUCACGGCAGUAGUACACCCCAUGCUGGCUUUUCUCCAGGAAACCAAGGCUCCUUUCAUGCUCAAUAUAUACCCCUUCUACUCCUACCAGAACAGCAUUGUCUCCGGCUCUGUCCCGCUGGACUACGCUCUCUUCCAGCCCGCGUCCCCUGUUGUUGAUGCCGGCAAUGGCCUGGUUUACAAUUCCCUGUACGACGCGCAAAUCGAUGCAGUGAUCGCGGCUUGUCUUAAGCUCAACAAGACGGUGGGGGUAACUGUUACCGAAACAGGCUGGCCUUCCGACGGAGACCCGUCUUAUGAACCAGCGGCGAAUUACUGGAAUGCCAGAAUGUACAACCAGAACCUCGUGAAGCGGUCAAUGAACAACUCCGGGACGCCGAUGCGGCCUGGCGUGGAGUUCGACGCCUACAUUGUGAGCCUGUACGACGAGAAUUUGCGCCCGACACCGCCCGCAUCGGCGCAGCAUUGGGGGCUAUUCUACGUGAACGGGACGCACAAGUACGGGUUUAACUAUUUGAAUGGGAGUGAUGUGCCUGGCGGCGGUGGUGGCGGAGGCGGCGGUAAUGGUUCCACUCCUGGAUCACCUCCUGGAAGCGGUGGUGGCGGUGGAGGAGGUAGCAGUGGUGGCGCAAUCCCGGGCCAGAAAGUGUGGUGCAUUGCAAAGUCAAGCGCUUCUAAUACCAGCUUGAUACAGGGAAUUGACUGGGCUUGUGGAGCGGGGAAGGCCAAGUGCGACCCCAUUCAACGUGGCGGUGACUGUUACUUGCCCGACACACCCUACUCGCACGCCUCCUAUGCGUUUAACAUCCACUACCACUGGUUCCAAACGGAUCCCCGGUCGUGUAUAUUCGGCGGAGACGCAGAGCUGACUUAUGUCGAUCCCAGCUAUGGAAGCUGCUACUACGUACCGAGUGGUGCGACGCGAGUGGUGAAGAGGACCCUCUUUCGGAGUCUGAUGAUGUUUGUGGUAGCGUUGUCGCUGGCUCUUGUCACAGUGUAGGAACAGUUGAUCAGGUAUUCAUAUAGUAGUAGCUAUCUGUGGAAAUCAAUCUUCUGGCUGCAACAAAGAUGGCGCUGCCCAUGGGAUUGACAUUUUGCACUGAACGAUCUCCGUCAGAGUUCAUUACCAAUAAGCUCUGGCUGAACUUGAAAAACGAGAAGGCUAGUCGAACAGUGUAGGUGUGUACAUGUCCAUGAUUUGACCAGAUAUAUCCGUCCGAGACGCGAAUUUUUCCUGGUUGCCUCUCCGGACCCGGCAACUUAGUUCGCUCCACACGAGACCCUCCAGGUGCAUAAGGCCAUCUUCAUGUGUGUAGAAAAGAAAUUCAAAGGCCAUCAUCUCACAUUUUAAGUGUUCAUGCUACUGGUGUCGUGUCGAACAGUAAGAAAAAACAGCUUCCUCCUU